AUGAUAGAUCAAGCAAAGUUCGAUAGGUGGGCGACGGCAGACAGGCGAGAGUAUUGGAUUUCGACGUGGCACCGUUCGGAACGGCACUGUCUUCUUGCCGCCCACGUCGAUGUCGGCGUUCUGCGUUGGGUACCGUUGGAGUUCUACCUGAUAAAAUAGGAAGAAAGUGAAAAUGAAGUCCGUUCUGCCGAGCUUGUGCAUGGCACCUCCGCGACAUGUGAAGUCUUGCCUGUAACAGCAGUGAUUGGGGAUCUAUAG